GGAUCCCUGAGGGGAGAGACCCCCGGGAUCAUCGGCCCGGGAGUGCGAGGGGUCCCGGGAUCCCUGAGGGGAGAGACCCCCGGGAUCAUCGGCCCGGGAGGUGUGAGGGGUCCCGGGAUCCCUGAGGGGAGAGACCCCCGGGAUCAUCGGCCCGGGAGGUGUGAGGGGUCCCGGGAUCCCUGAGGGGAGAGACCCCCGGGAUCAUGGACCCAUGACCCAUCCCCACCUUGUCACCAACACAGAGCACCCAGUGCCACGUCCAGGCCUUCCUUGGACACCUCCAGGAAUGGGGACUCCAAACCUCCCUGGGCAGUUCCAAUCCCUGACCACCCUUUCCAUGAAGGAAUUCCUCCUGAUGUCCAACGUGAACCUCCCCUGGCACACCUCGAGGCCGUUUCACCUUGUUGUGUCCCUUGUCCCCUGGGAGCAGAGCCCGACCCUCACAUGGCUGCAGUCACUGAUGAUGAUCAGUAAUUAGUGCGUGUUAGUGAUGAGCGACCCCGUUGUGCCCAGCCCUUGAAGGGGUGUGGACCCUGUGUAAAGCCCCAUUUGGGGGUCCCUGGUUUGGCUGGGACACUUGAGUGGCUGCCCAGGUGGAGCCACCAUCCCUGGAACUGUUCAGAGCUUGAGCAGAGGCAGCCCUGGGCCCAAGGGUUUGGUGGACCUGGGGAGGCUGAUUUGAGGGAGGUCUUCUCCAACAUUAACAAUUCCAUGAUUCUGUGUGCAUGAAUAAACAUUUCCCCUGUAGUUCUACAGCUGUGCUCCAGCCUCUCCCCGGCUGAGGUGUGAGUUUCCCUGGCCCCUGCCGUGGCUCCCAGCAUGUACCUGAGGGGCACUGCCCGUGCCCAGAACCUUCUGUGUGCCGGGAUCCGGCGGCUCCCGCUGAUCCCGCAGCACUCCAGAGGCUUCUCUUACAAAGCCGUGGUCUUUGAGGAGAGCGGGGUGCUGCUCCCAGCCCCUCACAGGACAGCCACAGACUGGGAGGCCCGGAGCUGCAUUCCAGCCGGCACCAUCCAGCAAGCUGCACUGUCUGGAGGGGAGAACAGCCUCUCUCUCCAGUAUUCCAGGGGAGAGCUGACAGCUGUGGAGUUCCUGCAGGAAUUGGGACAGCAGUGCUUUGAGAUUGCAAAUGUCCGUGUUCCAGUGCACUCCUUUCUCUGGGAUUUAAUCCGAAAGGAGAUGAUAAAACAGCUCCCCAUAAUGGCAGAAGCAGCUCAGUGUAUCCGGGCAGAAGGGCUUAAGACAGCUCUGCUGAGGCACAGCUUGUGCCUGGGGGAUGGAGAGAGGCUCCUGCCCCUGGACCAACAGCACUUUGAUGUGAUGGUUGAAUCACAUCAGGAAGGGAUGCCCAGGCCAAAUCCUGGGAUCUACAAGCUGUGCUUGGAGCGCCUGGGUGUCCAGCCCCAGGAGUCCAUCCUGCUGGACAGCAGCAGCAAGAACCUGAAGGCAGCAGCCCAGCUUGGCAUGAAAACAGUGAAGGUUGAUGAUCCAAAAGCAGCACUCAAAGAGCUGGAAACCCAUCUGGGAUUUCCUUUGCAAGGGUUUGUUCCCUAUACUCGUUCAGUGAGACCAGGCAUGGAAAUCCCAAAGGAUCGUCUGCAAAAGUACCUUGGAGAUGUUCUAGAUGCCCACCCAACAGCCCCACUGGAGUUACGGCAGUUUGACCUUGGAGAGUCCACCCGGAGCUAUUUGGUGAAGUUUGGAGGUCGUUUGCUGGUGCUGAAGAAGGAGGAGGAGCCUCCCUCAGGCCCGCCAGGCCCUUCUGUCCCAAGGGAAUACAGGGUUCUGAAGGCUCUGGCUGAGGCUGGUGUUCCUGUGCCCCCUGUGCUUGCUCUCUGCGAGGACAGAAGCAUCCUUGGCACUCCUUUCUACCUGCUGGAGCACUGUGCUGGCCACAUCCACCGCGCCGCGUCCCUGCCCGCGGUGCCGCCGCGCCGGCGCGGGGCCUGGUACGGGGCCAUGGCACACGUCCUGGCCAGGAUCCACAGCCUGGACCUCGGAGCAGCCAAGCUGCAGGACCUCGGGGAGCACGGAAAUUACAUCCAGCAGCAGGUUGAGACCUGGACAAAGCAGUAUCGAGCUGUGGAAACUCACGUGAUCCCAGCGAUGGAGAGGCUCAUCCAGUGGCUGCCUCUGCAUUUUCCUGAAUCCCAGAAGACAACAUUGGUGCAUGGUGAUUUCAGGAUGGACCACCUGGUCUUUCAUCCAGACAGGCCAGAAGUCCUUGCUGUGCUGGGCUGGAAGUUUGCCUCUCUAGGAGAUCCCAUGUGUGAUUUGGCGAAUAACUGUAUGAGCUUCUUCCUGCCAGCCCACUUUAGUGCUCGCAGAGGCUUGAGGAAGUGUGACUUGGGGCACCUGGGGAUUCCCACGGCAGAGGAGUAUUCCCAGAUGUACUGUGGCCACAUGGGAGUGGAGCGUCCGGAGAACUGGAAUUUCUACCUGGCCUUUGCCUUCUUCCGCCUGGCUGUGAUGCUGCAGGGACGGCGCCGAGGCUCCCUGGCAGGGAGGCCAGCUCCAGGUGACAGCAGCCCCAAGGACACUGAGUUUGUGGCUGAUCUGGCCUGGGAUUUUGCCAUUAAAGAAGGAUUCCGUGUGUUUGAGAACCUCCCCCCCACAAAGCUGCACGUGCGACAUUCCAGCACCUGGGCCGGGCAAGGGCCGCUCCUGGGCAGGAGUUACAGCACCUGGGCACGGCCUGGGGCAGCCCCUGUGCCCAGAGUCCCUCUGGUCACUGUCACUCCCCCCAGCAGCCUGGUGGGGAUGGCCCAGGGGCUUUGCUGCAAGAUGGAAAAUAUGGGCAUCCAGUGGGGCUUUCUGAGUUCCCAUUCCAGAGGGACUCCACGUCCUCUGCCAGAGCUGCAGGUCCCUGGAGCAAAACAUCUCCACAACGCAGAUCCCAGCCCAGCACUUCCCUUGGAGCUGAGCUCCAUGUCUGGCUGAGAGUUCACAGGACAGGACUCUCCAAACCAGAGCUGAGCCAGGAGCUGCAGCACUGGGAAACCUCAGAUGGGGACCCAAAGGAUCCACUCUGGCAUGGGAGAGGCCGUGCUAAGGGCAGCCUGUGAGCUUCUCAGUUCCAGUGGUGUUUGGUGUUGUCUGUGCUCAGUGCUUUUAUUGCCUGGCUCAAUACAGGGCCAAGUCCAUCCUUGGAUCAUGAGGCUGCAGAAGUCAGAACUGCAGCAGGGAGAGUUGGUUGGGAGUGACCUGGCUGGGAGUGCAUGACUUGGUUUUGGGAAUAAAGAGAAUGGACCAGCA